GCCACGGAUUAGUGGCAGCUGUGUUUGUGUUUAGAAAAAUAAUUUAAAAAAAAAAGUGGUAUAAUCUUGAAAUUUGAAAAGUUAUCUCGAAUCUGGCGAUUAAAGAGUUAUAUUGUAUGUAAAAUCUAUAUAUUUCGAUCUUAUUUUCCAAGACUGAGUGCUAGAACCUACCGUACACGUCAUGCUUAGGAUAAUAUUCUUACACCCCGAUCUUGGUAUUGGAGGAGCGGAGCGUCUAGUGCUUGAUGCGGCUUUAGCUUUUAGAUCAAAAGGUAAUGAUGUUGCAUUCUUCACGAAUCAUCACGAUACUUCACAUUGUUUCGCAGAAACCCGGAAUGGUACUUUCCCAGUUACAGUAAUUGGAGACUGGAUACCCCGAUCUAUAUUCGGAAAAUUCAAGGCAGCCUGCGCGUAUGCGCGAAUGGUCUAUGCAGCUAUAUAUUUGGCUUGGUAUGUUAUUCCAGUUGACGAGCCAACAUUAAUAAUUUGCGAUCUUAUAUCUUUCUGCAUUCCAUUUUUGAAGUUGGCAAGAGGACCAGUCAGGGUUGUUUUUUAUUGUCACCAUCCAGAUAAAUUGCUUACAUCAGAAGGAGGCUUUUUAAAAAAGAUAUAUAGGGCUCCACUGAACUGGUUAGAAGAAUGGAGUAUAGCACAUGCUGAUAAAGUAUUAGUCAACAGUAAAUACACUGCUAGAGUAUAUCAGGAUGCAUUCCAGAAAAUAAAAGAUGUCCCUGACAUUUGUUACCCUUCAAUCAAUACAGAGUUUUUCAGAAAUGCUGCACCAAUACCUCUUAAAGAAAUUGUGCCAGUUGGAACUGAUAAAUUUAUUUUCCUUUCCAUUAAUAGAUAUGAAAGGAAGAAAAAUUUACAGCUUGCCUUAAGAGCAUUAGAAAAUUUAAAGAGUAAAAUAACUACUGAGGAUUAUAAUAGAGUCCAUUUAAUUAUGGCAGGUGGUUUUGACCCUAUAAAUUUGGAAAACAUGGAGCAUUACAUGGAACUUACAGAUUUAUGUGUAGAGCUGGGUAUUGAUGAUAAGGUAACAUUUAUGAAGUCGCCAAAAGAUAUUGAAAAAGUAUCAUUAUUGUACAAUUGUAAUGCUCUCAUUUACACACCAUCAAAUGAACAUUUUGGAAUUGUGCCACUUGAAGCCAUGUACUACAGUAAGCCAGUUAUAGCUGUUAACAGCGGUGGGCCUACAGAAACUAUAGUCAACAAUGUUACAGGUUUCUUGUGUGAAGCAAAUGCAGAUGAAUUUUCUGCUGCUAUGUCCAAGCUUAUUCUCAAUCCCGACAUGGGCCAUAGAUUGGGUGAAGCUGGCAGAAAUAGGUUCGACACAAAGUUUUCAUUUGAAGCAUUUACAGAACAGUUAGAUGGCAUAUUGAACAGAGAAAGGCAAAUACUUAUUAAGUCACAAGUGAUUAGAAUUGUGCCGAAAAAGGAAAAAUAGAACAGAGCUGACACUUCACAAUAAGUGAUAUUGUAUAGAGUGUUCUUUAACAUAAAAGUUAAUUACAUUCAAAUUUCAAACUAAAUUUGAUCUCAAAUUAUUACCUGUGUUGCAUAAAGAUCUUAUAUUUAUUGUUUCAAUGACAUACAAUGUUUAGUGUAGUAUAACUUAUAUUCCCUUUCUAGCUCCAUUUUUAAAAGUAAAACCUUCCUCGAUACAGCUUCACACUGCAUGUCAAGUCUAAAAUAAGUUUAAAUUUGCUAAUCAAAUAAGUAUAUUGGUUAUUUGAUAAAUUAAUAAUAUUCAUGAUAUGGUUUUGACUCUUUUCUUUACUUUAUCAAAUCUUGCAAAAAAUUUGUAAGUAUGACUCAUUUAUAAUUUGACACAUAAGAUAAGCAAUCUGUAAGUUGCUAUAAAUAUUAGUCUUUUUGGAAUAUUAAAUUUUAUUUAUAAUAUUUGUUUAUUGUGUAAAUGUGUACUUUUAAUGUCUGCUAAUAGUUCUAUCUUCAUUUAGUUUCGCUUUUGUAAAGAAUAAGUGUUAAAUAAUAUAUAAUAUACAGUAGGUAAUGGUACAUAUAGCAUGUAGUGAGGUGCAUACAUAUAAAGGUAUUUUAAGUAAUUGUUUGUUCUGCUGAUUUAACUUUUCUAACCUCCAUUAUUAUGCACUCUUUUUGACAGUCUCUAUACUAAGCUAAAGGUAAGAGGCUUUGUUUUAGGUUAUUAUAAUACAAUAAGUAAAAUAUAUACACAUAGUUAUAAUAAUUUGUGAUAUAGUUUGUUUUCAUAAUUCUUUGACUUGUCUUCAGUGAUAUUUUGUAUGUAAGUACAUAUUAAUGGUGUAUUUUGUAAAGGCACUAAUAAUUAAUUGUUAACAGCUACGAAAAUUUAUUAAAGGCCACAUAUGUCUAUGAAAAAA